GUAAAUAAACAAUUAAUUAAGGAAAAAAACAGCGGAAUAUAUAAAAUGCAGUUUUUUUUUUCUUGCGUUUUGGGUAUAUUUACAAAACCGAAGGAGCCAUUCCGAGAUUUACAAUUACACGAGAAAAACCCAAUUUUGCUUUUCUCUCUCCUCUUUGUCUCUUCCUCUCUCUCUCUCUCUUGGUUCUGCAAAUUUUGCUUCCUGCGCCGGGAAAUCUCGGGUAGCGAUCGGAAUUGUCGAGAGGUGAUUUUUCCGGUGAGGGAAUCGCUGAGUUUGACGGCGAGGUAAGAUUCUGGAAAAAAAAUCUUCCCUGGCCGUUUCAUUGUUGGUUUGUUUGUUGUGUGGAAUUUGAUUUGUUUUUCGAGAGUUGGAUUUGUUUAUGGUUCAGAUCUGGUAGAUUUUGUUAGCCUUGAGGAAUUAGGGUUUUCGGGUUGAGAUCAAAUUAUUGAGAAUUGAGGUGAUGGAGGCAGGAUUUUGAGGAUUUUAAGGGGAUGGAGGAAGGUGUAAGAUCUGUUGGGUCUUCGGGGGUUGUUGUGAAGAACAGAAACUCUUCGGGUUGUUUGAUCGUUAGAAGGAAAGGAGAUGACUUGGUUGGUGGUGGGGGUGGUGGCGUCGGCAGUGGCGGCCAUGGUUCAUCGAGUUCCAGGAAGGCUUUUAAUUCAAAGAAAGGUAAGAAGAGACAAAGAUUACCUGUGAGUGAUUCUGGGUCUAGCGAUGAGCUACUGGCGCCUCCUCGUAGAAGGUUAGGACCUGAAACUAUUCGUGUCUGCAAUGAUUUAAAUGCUUUUGGAAAGGGUGCUGUUGAAGAUAGCGAAUUCGAUAGGAAGAGGGAGAGGUUAGAGCGUAUUCAGCAUAAUGAGGAUGGUUAUAUGAGUAGAAAUGGUUUUGAUGAGGGUGAAAGAAAGGGAGGUAAGCUGGAUGUGUUUGACUUCAAUGAGUAUGACAGUAGUCUCUAUGAUGAUAGUGGCAUCGGUUUUGGGGGAAGAAGGUAUGCGGGCUCAAUGCAUAUGGCUCAGAGUGGUUCUGAAAGGGAAUAUGAAACUGGAUCAAGCAGACGUAUGGUUGACAAGAGAAACAGUUCAUAUUUUGAGAGAAUAAGCAGCCGGGGAAAUCAUCCUGGUAAGGGUAGAUUUGAGAUCAAUCGGGAUGAUGCCCAGGUAAGCUUAUCGAGAGACAAGUUGACUGGUCAUUCCUCAGAUCAAGCCAUUAGGCUUCAAGGGAAAAAUGGAGUUUUAAAGGUGAUGGUGAACAAGAAAAAGAAUUUAAGUGGACCACUAGAUAAUUAUAAUUUUCACAAAGCGGAGGAACGCAUAAAGGUAAGGAUAGGAGAUGCUUCUAAGAAGAAUGUUGUAACUCCUCCAUUAUACUCGGCAGAAAAGAUUCAUGAGAAGCCAGCCCCAGUUGUCAGGUCAGAGAAAAAGUCUACGAAAUCUAGAAAAUCAUUGCCCACUAAAAUUACAAAGAAACCCAAUUGGGAUUCAGAGGAUAGUGAUACUUCCUUGAAGUCAGAACCAGAGACAAUGACGAGUAAUAAAUCUAUGAAGAGGGUGAGUUGUGAAGGUGAAGAUGCUCCUUCAUGUGAAAAGUUACAUUCAAGCAAGAUUAAAGAUGGAAAAGCUCGACGUGGUAGUGGCACAGAGAAGCAAAAGUUGCGUGAACGGAUAAGGGGGUUGCUUGUGGAAGCUGGGUGGACAAUAGAUUAUAGACCUAGAAGGAACAGAGAUUAUCUAGACGCAGUUUAUAUUAACCCAUCUGGAACAGCUUAUUGGUCCAUCAUCAAGGCCUAUGACGCACUUCAAAAGCAGUUAAUUGAUGAGGAUAAUGAGAUUAAACCCAGCUGUGAUGGUAUUGAACUUAUACCUGAUGAGGACCUCUGUCAGUUGACAAGAAAAACUAAGAAGAAGAUGGAGGAGGAAAUGAAAAAGAAGCAAAGGUAUGGAAGCGACAGUGAGAAUGCAAAAGAAAUCCGUGUCAAAAGAUGUAUAAAUGUGAAGCAAGAUUCAGAAAGCAUGGAAAGUCUCAGUCAUGACGAUAAACUAAGCUCGUUCUUAAAGCAGGGUGGCAAAUCAUUUAAGAAUAGAAUGAAUGAGAAUGGUUUGGUUAGUGUCAACUCAAAUGGCCAGAGUUCUUCUCAUCAUUUGCAAGAUACUGGUGAAAAGCUGGCCCCAGGAUCCAAUUCUAAUAUGCUGCAUGGAAGGAAAAGCAGAAAACUUGGAAGAUGUACUCUGUUGGUUCGUAACAAGGGGAUAAAUUCAGAAACCGACGGCUUUGUUCCAUAUACUGGAAAAAGGACUCUGCUUUCCUGGCUGAUUGACUCAGGAACUGUCCAGCUGAGCCAAAAAGUGCAGUACAAGAAUCGCCGAAGAACACGAGUAAUGCUCGAGGGCUGGAUUACAAGGGAUGGAAUUCAUUGUGGUUGCUGCAGUAAAAUUCUCACUAUUUAUAAAUUUGAGAUUCAUGCUGGAAGCAAACUACGUCAGCCGUAUCAAAACAUUUUCUUGGACUCUGGGGUUUCUCUUCUGCAAUGCCAAAUGGAUGCGUGGAAUAGACAAGAGGAUUCAGAAAAGAUUGGUUUUCACUCUGUAGAUGUUGAUGGUGAUGAUCCCAAUGACGAUACUUGUGGUAUCUGUGGAGAUGGUGGGGAUUUGAUCUGUUGUGAUGGUUGCCCAUCAACCUUUCAUCAAAGCUGCUUGGGUAUACAGACGCUUCCCCCUGGGGAUUGGCACUGUCCCAAUUGUACGUGCAAAUUUUGUGGGAUUGCCACUGGGAAUGUCACUGAUGAGGACAAUACGACUCUUACAAUGCUCUUUACAUGCAGUCUCUGCGAUAAAAAAUAUCACAAAUCCUGUGCUUCAGAUAUUGACGUCAGCUCACUUGAUUCCAAUAGUAUGGACUCAUCUUUUUGUGGGCAAAAAUGUAAAGAGCUCUUUGAGCAUUUGCAGAAGUAUAUUGGGGUCAAACAUGAUUUAGAAGGAGGGUUUUCAUGGUCUUUCAUUCGUAGAUUAGAUGAAGACUCUGACUUCGCACAUCGAGGAGUUCCUCAGAGAGUUGAAGGCAAUUCAAAGCUCGCUGUUGCUAUGACUGUUAUGGAUGAAUGUUUUUUGCCCAUUGUUGAUAGGAGAAGUGGGAUUAAUAUAAUUCGUAAUGUUCUUUACAACUGUGGUUCAAACUUUAACAGAAUAAACUAUGGUGGCUUCUACACUGCUAUUUUGGAGAGGGGUGAUGAAUUAAUUUGUGCUGCAUCUCUCAGGUUCCAUGGGACUAAGUUAGCAGAGAUGCCAUUCAUUGGAACUCGCCAUAUAUAUAGACGUCAGGGGAUGUGCCGUAGGCUUUUCUAUGCCAUUGAAUCAGCUCUCUGUUCUCUCAAGGUUGAGAAAUUGAUUAUCCCUGCAAUUUCUGAACUCACACAUACGUGGACAGUGGCUUUUGGUUUCACUCCUCUUGAGGAAGCAUUCAAACGAGAAAUGAGAUCAAUAAAUAUGUUGGUUUUCCCUGGGAUAGACAUGCUACAAAAGCUUCUUGGGGAGCAAGAACAUGAGGCCUUCACGACUACCAGUAAAGGUAUGAAGCAAAUAGAAUGCAAAGGCAAACCAAGUAUUAAGCCAGAGGCAGCGAAUAAAUCAGAUAUUGAUUCUCCAACAAAGAGUGAUCCUCAUGGUGGUGAUGAUGCUGAUUUGCAUCAUUCUGAUGAAACAACUGAGGAAAUUGCUGUUGUGGAAUCUGGUUCCCAUUGUGUGGAUGUGCUUGUUGGCACUCCUUUGCCGGGUAGUUCAUUAAAUGCUUCUCCUGAACGUGAGAUUCCAAAUCCUAUUGAAGAGACCACAUGUUCUGACUCUCCUUCAGCGGCCAAAAUAUGUGAAGCUACAUCAGACUCCAAAAGUCAGCCCCCCUCUACACCAAGUCUUGAUGGUGUAGAGAUGGAAAAUAAACCUGUAUCAGCUCAUCUUGGAAAUAGCACUGUUUCUUUGCCCAGAAAUCCAGAUGUUUCUUUAAAUGAAAUUUCUUUGAUGGACAGUUCCAUUGAAGCUUCCUGUGAAGUUAAAACUCAAGUUUCAAACGAGGAGGCUAUACAGUUUGAAUCUCAUUUAGGGGCCAAAUGUGAUUUGGAAAGUAAAUGUCUGUCUAAAGAAACUAAUCAGUUGGAUUCUUCUCUCAAAGAUAAUACAGAGUCUUUGAAUGAAGAUGGUAUGGAUGAUCCCCAUGGAAAGGAUGACAAGAAUGCGAUUGUUGUACCUGCUUCGUUCUCAGGGGAAACCAUAGCUGAGAAUGUUUCCGAGGAAGUCCUGGAAAAUCCAGACAUCCCCAUCUCUAGUUUUAAUGACUCUAAUGGGAGUUCCGUGCUGAUUAAAUCUGAUUUGGACCAUCAAAUUGACUGUGAUAAUGGAAAAGCUCCAGAAGCUGCUUCUGAUGCAAUGGAUUGUGAGUAAUGUAUUUCCCAUUACAUUCUGUCAGUUACAGAGCUAAUGAACAUGAAGGAACAUCUGAAUCCACUUCAAUGUAUUUGUCUUCAACUCCUUUGCCGAGCUUAUCUUUGCCAAUCCUUGCACAUCGUCAUAACACAGAAUUUUUCAUUCAGUUAACAGUUUUAAGGGUCUUGGCGGCAUAAUGUCAGAUGACUCGUUUCUUUCAUGGAUAGGGGUAGUCAUUAGGGGAAAUCAUUCACCCCUUUAAACUUAUUUUUCUCUUAAAAACACUGAUCCUGAAGACAAUAUCUUAUCCUUCGGAGUUGAAGUUUCGAAAUGUCCUGAUGAUGCCAGUUAUAAGAAGAUGUGGAUUUGCUGCUGGGGAUACAAAGCAAACAUGUGCGAGCUUAAUCUGUUAGGCCAGUCCGAGUCUGAUUCUGCUGAAUGUUGCGAAUUUCUUCUUUAGUGUCUUGUCUGCCUGCAACUCUCAAGUAACACCGAGUAGUUUGUAAGAAGGUUUUAGAGGUAAUCCUGUCAUUUGUUCCUGCAUCAGCACAGCAAAGAGAAUUCUCGUGAGAAUUGAUUGAGAUUGUCAUAAUUCCUUGAAUGCUGCAAGAAAUGAUGUUUCAAUGGUACUGUGUCAAGUAGCUAAGUUUCAAGAAUUUAGUAAAAAUAUGUGAAAUUUUAUGUUAGGCCAUUUGAAUACUGCUUGAGCUCAGGUUAGGGUUUCAAAAUUUUGUAAUUGUGUACUAAGAACUGAAAAGGGAAUCUUCAAUUGAAGAAGUUCCUUCAUGCAUGAUUGUUAUUAUUAUUUUUAUAUAUAUUUUUUUUCCUGCA